GUGUGUAUGGAUGUGUGUGUGUGUAACAGGGACGCAGGCUAAUCUCUCCCGUCCCGUCCACCUCUCUGUCCCCGGGAAACACUCAUGACAGGGCGGAAUUAAACCCGGAGGACACCCGGUGAUCCCCGCAGUCCUGAUUGCAGAUAGCGGCUGCCCUUGCUCCCUCCCUCCCCCCCACUGUGGGCUGGUUGCCAUGGAGAGCUCAUCGGUGGCAUCAGCAUCAUCCGAGGCAGGAAGCACGCGCUCGCAGGAGAUCGAGGAGUUGGAGCGAUUCAUCGACAGUUACGUGCUGGAGUAUCAGGUGCAGGGGUUACUGAGCGACAAAAACGAAACUGACCAGGAUGUGGACAAAACCCCGUCCCACACCUCACAGUGGACAGAAGGCUGCAGUGAUAAGAUUGAUGGGAGCUGGACGUCCUCUCGGGGAAGGGGCUCGUCCAAACCAGAUGAGUGGGAGCACAGCAGUAAUGGCAGCACAGGUUCUAGACCCAGUUCAGGUUCCAGAUCAGGCAGCAGAGGACGAAACAACCAGUUCAGAGCUCCAGCUAAAAAUGGAAACAGAGACGGUUCUUUCGACAUCCUGGGGACGGACAUUUGGGCUGCAAACUUGGACUGCCACGGUCUUGCUGCGGGACGUUGCCGAGUUGGGGCUUUGAGUGGUGCUACAUGGGACAUGCAGCCGGAGAAACUGGAUUUUUCUCAGUUUCACAGGAGGGCUUAUCGAGGGACCCCGAAACACCUCCCACACAUCGACCGAGAGGGGAUGAUGAAGGGCAAGUUCGAUGAUGACGAUGGUAUUGAUCUGGACCACAUGGACAAAUUCCUGCCCACCCUGCCGGUCUUUCCUCCCCUGCCUAAUGAAGCUGAGAUUGCACACACUAAAAAGCUGUUUCGCCGACGCAGAAAUGAUCGCCGCCGAACUGAACCGCCCCAGGACCAACUGACGAUACUACUGCCUGCCGAGGGAAAGCGGCAAGUGUCCAGACGACAACAGCGUCUGCCAGGCGCAGGAGGAGCUGGCGGGAAAUCCCAGAAUCCGCAGCAGCAACAGCCGACCAAUCAGAUGCAACAGACCAAUGCAGAGUACCAAACAGGUGUCGGGACUAAGCACGGAGGGCGGGUUUACCAGGGGCAGCAGAACCAGGGUGGGCGACAGGGUGGCCCUCAUCACGGCUACAGUCAGAACCGCCGCUGGCAUCAACAGCCGAAACACCAGACGAGCAGUUUAACUCAAGGGCCUGCACCGAAUACCAAAGAGACAGAGAAUGUAAAACAGGAGGAGCCUGAGCCUCAGACAGAGAAAGGAGUGAAGGAUGAGCCAGUGAAAGAGGAGAGAAAGAAAGAAGAGAAGGAGGAGAAGACGGAGGGAGGGAAGAUUUGUUUACUGCAGUCAUCAAAAGAAAGACUGAGAAGGAGACUCAAAGAGAAGGAGGAUGUUCCCGUGGCGAUGGCCGGACCUCAGCGGAACCGAAUGGACAGAUUAUUAGAGAUCUUGAACAGCAUGAGGAAUAACAGCAGCGGUGUGGAGGCGCAACUCACCACCUUCAUGGAGGAGGCGCAGAACUCUGCAGACUCCGAGGAGACGCUUAACCAGAUCGUACACACGAUUUAUCAUAAAGCGGUCAGCGACCGAAGCUUUGCGGCCACCGCUGCCAAACUCUGUGACAAGAUGGCGCUGUUCAUGGUGGAGGGCACCAAAUUCCGCUCUCUCCUACUCAACAUGUUACAGAGAGAUUUCACGCGUCGUGAUGAGCUGCAGCAGACAGAUGUGGAGUGCUGGUUGGGUUUCAUCACGUUUCUCUGUGAGGUCUUUGGCACCAUGAGGAGCAGCGCUGGAGAGCCCUUCAGAGUGCUGGUGUGCCCCAUAUACUCCUGCUUAAGAGAGCUCCUGGAGUCACCUGAGGUUAAGGAGGAUGCUGUUCUCUGCUGUUCUAUGGAGCUCCAGAGUACCGGCCGUUUGUUGGAGGAGCAGCUUCCUGAGAUGAUGAUGGAGCUUCUGGCCGCCGUUCGGGAUAAGAUGUUGUGUCCGUCUGAGUCCCAGCUGACCCGUUCGCUGCUGAUGGAGGUUAUUGAACUCCACGCGCACCACUGGAGCCCCCUUGAGGCGCUGACCACUGCGUACUACAACAGAACCAUCCAGAAACUGACCGCAUGACGCAUGCGCAAUGCAAAAAACCACUGGAGGCCCUGACCACUGCGUACGACAACACAACCAUCCCAAAACUCUUCAAGAGACACAAUAAAACAAACCACUAAAGGCCAUAAAUAGUACUGCAACACAACCAUCCUGUAAAAUACAACACACAUGCACGUACAAACACACAGCUAUGCUAUAAUAAGAUGAGAGAACCAUGGAUGGGUAAGUGGAUGGAUGGGAAGGGUAUUAUGGGAUGGGGGUUGACCCUGGUGUCAAUGGUCACAGGGUAAAAUAUGCAGAUUGAGAUGAAUAUGUAUAUGUUUUCACUUCUACUUGCAUAUUCAUGAACUAAACCAGACAUACAGACACAAAACCAGACAGUCAUUACACACAAACGCACGUGUGCAGACAGUCACUGUGUGUCAUAUUAAGGUGCGUCUGUAUUCCAGACAAAACGUCAACAAAUAGAGAAAUUCAAAGAGAAUGAUCUUGGUUAUGGGUGUAUCUCACGAAAAUAUGUCUGGGUCAUAUUUCAACCCAGAAAAUAAGGAAAAAGAUCAAAUUAAUUUAUUUUGCAUAAAAAUAAGAAGACUUUACAUUGUGACAUUAUUUUCAUGAUAGUUAAGUAAAUUUUUUUGCCCCAAAUUCUCAUUACUGUAAUACAUCCAGACAUUUUUGUAAUUUUUAUUAUCAUCAAUGGCAAUUCUCAUUAUAUUAUUACUGUUAUAAAAUACAUUUUAGGCUUUAAAAAAAUUCUUCAAAUGAAUAUUUAAAUUUUUUAAUCAGCAUGAGCACAAUACAGAAAA